GCAAAAUUUGUUGGGCUAAUUCUUGUCUCUUCAUUAAUUUCGUGUGGUGAUUCGAGUGCAGUGCGUUCUCCUGCCCCGAGAGGAAAGAAAAGGAAACAAUUUCUAGUAAGCAUAAAUCGGUGCAUUCCAGACUGACGUUGGAACCACCCCCUGAGCUCCGACUUUUGGAAAGUUGAAAAGUGAAAGAGGGCCACCAAAAGAGAAGAAGAAAAAGAUUGUGCAACUCGGUCUUAGAACCCUCAACUUUCGUGGAGCAGGAGAAGGAGGAAUCAUCAAGAAGAGUAGCAGCAGCAGCAGCACCAACAGAAGAAGAUGGAAUGCGAUGCUCCGAAUGCUGCGAACUACUAUUGCUGCAGCAGCUGCCCCGUGCGGGAAGAAGAGAAGCAGUGAAAACAAAAGAACAUACAUAUUCGGGGAGGGCAAAACACAAGAAGAAAACCGAAAAGUACGCCAGGAGAAGAAGAAUUGGGGGAGCAUCAUCGUCGUCCGUCAGAGCAUCAGUGAGUAGCGAGAGCAGGCAGCAGCAGCAGCAUCUCGCCGAAAAAUAAUAAACGAUCGAGGGCCACGGCCAAGGAAGAAGAACCUCCCAUAGCUACUUCACACACAAUCGAGAAAAUAAGAGUACACUCGCUCGAACGUUUCGUUUUUGUUGUUGUAUUAUUUUGAGUUCGAGUAAAGGGGCCCAAAGAAGCAUCAUUUCGAUCAUCACGACCAAGAAGACGACGACGGGCAGGCACACACAGUGCUAGUUAAUCAUACUUUAGUUUGGUUGUUGUUGUUGUUGUUAUUGCGGUUUGGUACGACAACAGCGACGAGCUUGAGCUCGUACACUUUUUUUUUUGUAACAACUUCGACCUCUGUGAGCUUUCUCGUUUCGUCGAAGAUUGUGCAAAAUGCUUUCCCGCAAGAGCAAGGAUAAAUCCAUCAAGGACGGAGUGGUUGGAAAGUACGUCAAACGCGACACGCCACCGGAAAUACCAAUAAUCAACGUCCUGACGGGUGAAUCCCAGGGCAAGAACAAGCUCACCAAAGGCCGCCGGAGCUCGCAGCAGAUCUUCGGUGUGAACAAUGUCGGCCCGAACAACAACAACAUCUACGUACCGGGCCCGCUGAUGCCGAACAACAAUAACAACAACGUCAACAGUGUGCAGCAAAAGUUCGGCAACAUCAAGGUGACCGCCUCGAUGGGUGGCCUCGGCCACGAGGGCAAAUACACCCCCAGCAACAAGAUCCCGAACCUGGCUCAGAAGUUUGUGAACCUAUCGCUGCAGAGCGAACAACCCAACAUCCUAAAUCCAACCAUCAGCGUCCUGAUGAUGGCCAACAACAAGAAUCAACUGCACCAACAACAACAGCAGCAGGCAAUGGCCAUGCCGAUGAAGCCAUCCAAUCUGAACCUGGCGGCUGCUAACGAGCGCCAGAACAGCAACAGCCAUGGCAACUACGUGGACAUCGAAACGAUAGACCAGAUCCUGAUGCAGCAAAGCGAAGCGGACAAGGCAGCGCACCAGUAUCGCAUCCAGCAGCAGCUUCAGCAAGCCCAACAGCAGCAACACCUGCGCCAGCAGUACAUUUCCAACUUCGAACGGAAGUACCCCUAUAACCAACUGCAUCACAGCUCCAACAAUAACAACCUCCGCAACGGAUUCGAAAACUACGGUAACCUUCUGCGGAACAACAGCCCCACGAUGGCAGCAGCUUCCAGUAAUGUCAACCUCGCCAACGAACCGCAAUCUCCCUUCGCCCGGCAAUUCUCAGCCCGUCAACAACUCCCUCCUCCGAAAAACGACCACUACCACAUCUACGAGAACCCAACGCAGAUCAACCGCUCCGAGUCCCCUAUCUACAGCAAUACCAAUUCUGCCAACAUCUACCAGAGCUACAGCAACAAUUCCUCGCAUCAAUCCCUCUUUUCGAAUCUAACCAACACCUCCAGCAACGUGGCCGCUGUAUCUUCCUCGAUAAGCUAUCUAGCCGCUCGGGCUCAACAGCCUCAGCCCCAGCAACCGCUCUACUCGAAUGUGGAGAACAAUGGCAUGACCUACGGAGAAGCUCUGCUACACAACGCUCGCCACGGUUCCACCAACACCGUUCAACAACAGCACCAGCAACCGACUCCGGAGAGUAGCUCUUCGGCGACGGAGGAGGAACUCCCACUGCCACCGGGCUGGUCCGUCGACUAUACGCUUCGAGGUCGGAAGUACUACAUCGACCACAACACCAAGACUACCCAUUGGUCUCACCCGCUGGAACGGGAAGGGCUGCCGACCGGUUGGGAGCGGCACGAGUCCGCCCAGCAUGGGACUUUCUACUACAAUUGCAUCACCGGACAGGCACAGGACAGCCAUCCGUAUUUGACGUCGUGCUAUCUGCAUCACGCUACGCCGGUCGAGAUCCCGCGACCACUGAUAGCCACCCAUACGCACUACACGCCACACAGUGCCCUGGUGCCGGCGAACCCGUACCUCCUGGAGGCCGUUCCCGAGUGGUUGGAGUUUUACGCCAAGUCCUCUCCCGAGAACGAUCACAAACUGAAGUGGGACAUGUUCCAGUUGCAGCAGCUGGAAAGCAUAGCCGGUAUGCUGACCAAGCUGUUCCGACAGGAGUGUCACAUGAUUGUGGUGAAGUACGAAACGUUGAGGAUAGCGAUCCGCUCGAUGAUGGAGGAGAAGAAGCGCUUAGCCUAUCUCACCAACAACGAUUCAAACGCUUAAAAGUGGUUCCACUUUUUCCACCAUCGUUCGCCGGCCGGAAAAUCAACAGUCCUCCUUAUUCUGCGAGUCACGUGACUCUCUGUCACCUUAUGUAUGGUGACUCUCUGUGUAAAUCAAAUGGAGAGUCACCUUACACGUGUAGUCGCUAUAUUCAUAGUCUGGCGGAUAGAAUUUCGAUCUAUCAAAAAUCGGAACCAAUUCAAUAUAUUUUAGACCAACAAUCGAAAAGGUACUAUCAACUUUUAUAAACAAAACGUUGAUUAAUCUUUCGUCGCCAAUAGAACGCGGCAUUAUCGGAUAGGGGAAACUUUCCUCAACCCAAAGAUGAUGUUAGUCGUAACUCUUUUCUGUUGUUGGUCGUGAUUUGCUCAAUUGGUUCCGCUAUUUGACAGCUCAAUUGGUUCCCGAGAUUCUAUCCGCCAGAUUAUGAAUAUAGUGACUAUACUCACACGAUGUGACAAUUGUCACCUCACCGAUGAGAGAGAGAGAGUCGCGUGACUCGCAGAAUAGGGGGGAAUAUCCCGCGACCCGCACCAACAUACGCUUCACGAGACGGUCGACUUUGUGUUUAAGCAAUCUUCUUCAUUUCGCUGAUAAAAAGUACAUAGUUUACUAAAAUUCUCAAGUCCCGUACACAUGCAAAAACGGGGAAGGGUACACGCGUUGAUGAGAUUACUCUGUUUAUUACUCGUUCUAUUAGAAACACUACCGUGCUUAUUUAGUAGUUUAUAUUUACCUAUUUUAGGAGAUACUUCACCGUUGAGCUAUGAAAGGAAAAGUAACAUUUUUCACGAUCGGAAAAUUGUGAUAUACAGACAGUUCCUUCGAUAAUAACUCCAUACACAUUUAAAUGGCGAUCCCGCACUAUCAUCAUCAUUCGCUUUUGUUUCUUGAUUGUUAAGAGAGCAAUGCUUCAUCAAAUUCAUAUCAUAGAAAAUGU